GGUGUCUGAAUCGUUCGUCGUAUCAUUCCGCUAUCGUCCUUCCUUCUCGUCAAAUCUGUGCGCCCUUCAUCGUCAAGUUUGCUGCUCACUUCUGUUCGUAGAUGGUCGUCCUGCUCUGCUUAUCGAUUUUGGUUGCUGGUCGUCAGCUCGUCGGCUCUGAGGAACAGUGAAGGAACAGCACUGAUUAGACUAAUAAAUCGAAAAAAUGUCAAAGACAUCAUCAUCUUCAUCACCAAUAGCUGUAAAAGAUGUGAUACACAAGCUGCAACUAUGUCUACUAGAAGGUAUCAAAUCUGAAACCCAUUUGUUGGUAGCUGGCUCUUUGCUCUCCAAGUCAGAUUACCAUGAUGUGGUCACCGAACGAUCAAUUGCUAAAAUGUGUGGUUACCCACUUUGCCCCAACUCAUUGCCUUCCCCUUCCUCAUCAAUGCCUCCAAAGAAGGGCAGAUACCAUAUUUCUUUGAAAGAGCACAAAGUUUAUGACCUUGUAGAAACACACAUGUAUUGUUCAACGAAAUGCGUAGUUGACAGUCGGGCGUAUGCUGAAAGUUUGCAGCAUGAACGGUCCUUGGAUCUUGAUACAGCCAAACUGGAUAAGGUGGUAAGGUUGUUUGAUGGUUUGACUUUGAAGGCAGAAGAGGUUUUGGGGGAGAAUGGUGACUUUGGAAUGGGUAAUUUGUCAAUUAAGGAGAAGGAAGAAGGAAGUGUUGGUGGGGGAAUUGUGUCUAUGGAGGAAUGGAUUGGUCCUUCAAAUGCAAUCGAGGGCUAUGUUCCACAGCACGACCGCAGCGCAAAAAACAGGACAGGGUCUAAAUUGAAAGAUUCCAAGCACAAAAGGGAAGAAAAGAGUAUCUUUGAUGAGAUGAAUUUCAUGAGUACCAUAAUUACUCAAGACAAUGGUUAUAGCAUAUCUAAAGAACCUUCUGGGCAAACAAAAAAAACUGCUGGUGCUAUGUCAAAGGACUCUAGAAAGAAAAUGAAUCACAAGGGAACUGAUGAUGGUUUAACCGCAUCAGCUGAUUCAUCAUGCAAUGCACAAAACGUACCCGAGACCAACUUAAAUAAAUUAAGCUAUGUUCCUUCCAGCGCUUGCCAAAAUGUGGUCGAUGUAAAUGUUACGGAAAGUGUCAAGGCACGUAUUUGUGGUAAAGAAGCUCAACCAAGUUCUAGUGGGCUGAAAUCUUCUCUGAAAUCUUCGGGUGCUUUAAGGACAAAUCACUCUGUCACUUGGGCUGAUGAAAAAACUGAUGGUGCACAUAAUCGAACAUUAUGUGAGUUCAAUGGGAUAGAAAAUGAAAAGGAAACAAGCAAAGGUUUUGGCAUGAUAGACAAGAGUAUUGACGAUGAUGAUGAUGAUGAUAAUGUACUCCGAUUUGCAUCAGCAGAAGCCUGUGCGGUAGCGUUGAGCCAGGCAGCAGACGCUGUUGCUUCUGGGGAAUCUGAUGUUUGUGAUGCUGUUUCAGAAGCUGGACUUCUUAUACUGCCACCUCCCCUUGAUGACAAUGAAAUCACAUCUGAGGAGAUUGAGGGUGCCGCCACUGAUCCAGAACCAGCACGCUUGAAGUGGCCCAUAAGAACCGGUAUUGUUGAGUCUGAUUUCUUUGAUUCCGGGGAUUCUUGGUUUGAUAGUCCACCGGAGGAGUUUGUCGUAGAUCUAUCACCAUUUGCGACGAUGUUUAUGUCUUUGUUUGCAUGGAUUUCCUCAUCUACUUUGGCGUAUCUAUAUGGACGUGAUGAUAGUUUUCAUGAAGAGUAUGCAUCAAUUAAUGGGAGGGAGUAUCCACGGAAAAUUGUAUUGACAGAUGGUCGGUCUUCAGAAAUAAAGCAAACUCUUGCAGGUUGUCUUUCUCGAGCCUUGCCAGGACUUGUUCAUGAUCUGAGACUUCGAACUCCAGUUUCUACUAUCGAAUAUGGGAUGGGUUGUUUACUCGACACCAUGUCGUUUCUUGAUCCACUUCCGUCUCUCAGAAUGAAACAAUGGCAGGUGUUUGUUCUUUUGUUCGCUGAAGCUCUUUCCGUCUCCCGGAUCCCUGCUAUAGCCCCACAUUUGACUGAUAGAAGGUUCUUCCAAAAGGUUUUUGAUGAUGCUCAAAUAAGUAUGGAGGAAUACGAGGUGUUGAAGGAUCUGAUGCUUCCACUAGGACGAGUCUCGCAAUUUGCCACGCAAAGUGGAGGCUGAGGGAUUAAGUUUUGUAUGGAUUAAGUUGUUUCAUCAGUUAAGAUAAAAUAUCAUCUAUUUUCGGAACUGAAUAAUCUGUCUGAAUUUAGAUGUAAAA